AUGAAGACAACACCCACUCAAGGUUUUGAAAAGUUAGCAGCACUGGCAGUGACGGUGACAACUCAGGCUACUACAACAACAACCUCAACUAAAGUUCCUAUUAGCACAACGAAGCCGACGACGACAACCACCAAAGCUCCUACAACCACAACCACAACAACGACAACUAAAGCUCCUACAACGUCAACGAAAUCGACGACAACAACUACUAAAGCUCCUACAACGUCAACAACAACGACGAUGACUAAAGCGCCUACAACCGCAACGAAAUUGACGACGACAACUACUAAAGCUCCUACAACCACAACCACAACAACUGCAACAACGACGACGACUAAAGCGCCUACAACCACAACGAAAUCGACGACGACAACCACUAAAGCUCCUACAACCACAACAACAACAACAACAACUAAAGCUCCUACUACCACAACGAAAUCGACAACGACGAAAACCAAAGCACCCACCACAACUACAACGAAACCGACGACGACAACUACUAAACUGCCCCUGUUUACAUAG